AUGGCGAGAGUUCUUGCACAGUCCCGGCGUCGGAUUCUACCACUCGCAGCGCCUUCCCGUUGGUGGGUUGAGCAACCCUUGGAGCCUUCUACAUGGACGCUGAAAUUGGACGCCCAGUCACCAAACAUCAGCGGCAUCAGGUUGCUUAGUAUGCAAGCAAAUUCUCCUGCUCAAGCCCGACCAAUGGGUUCUAUGAAAGUGUCCAUGACAAGUCCAGGGUUUGUAUACGAUCCAUAUUCACCACGUGAACCAAUCUCAUUCUUGUCUAGAUGGUUCACUAGAUCGGGUUGGAAGAGAUUGAAAGAAGAUAUUAUUCUAGAGCUAAAAAGUGCUUAUGCAAUUGCAAAAUUAAGGAGAUCUGGGUAUUCAAAGAAGAAGUUCUAUGAAGAAGCUGCUGAGUUAUACAAAGAGAUUAACACCCAAAUAGCCGAUGGAGACAAAGGAAUAUUGAGAAAGUCAGUAACAGAGAACAUGUAUUCUGCUCUCAAGAACGAAAUCAAGCAAAGGGAGAAAGUUUGGAGUCAUGUCUACUGGGAACUAGUGAUGCCAAUUGUCAAAAUACGAACUCUGCGAGCUCGAUUGGCAAAUCGAAACGACCUCAAUAAAGUGUUUGUCCAACUUACUCUUGAAUUUCUUAGUAAACAGAAGUUUGAGGCUUAUGACUCCAGUGGAGCUGUUGUUGCUGGUGAUAAAAACAAGGAGGUUCUCGUACGUGAUAUAUGGGUCUUUGAGAAAUCGCUUUUCCACCAAGGAGCGUUCUGGCGUCUUUGUGGAAGAAUCAAAGUUUAG